UUUCUUUGCUCGGUCCGCGUGCGUGCUUGCAGGGACCGAGCGAAAAAGCGUGCUUGCUACCGCUUCUCUGCGUAGUCCUAGCACGUUUCGAACCGUUGCCGUCGACCUGCAGGCUCCACGCCGUAGCCAAAAGGGUGCGUGAUCUGCGUGAGUGCUCGAACUUUGACCCUCCGGGCCUAAACAGCGCGUUCGCCGGGUUGGAUCGGCGGCGGAGGGCAUGCCAGCGGACGAAGGGGACAGCGGGAUCGAAGCCAUGAGUUUGCCGGAGAGUCGCGAAACGUCGCCCAAAGUGUCCAAGCGAGACCUCGACGUCGCUGUGCCGACCACGAGCAGUGCGACGGAACCCUCAGCCAGCGCAGGUGAAGAAGACGACUUCGAUCUGGACGAGACGCUGUACGAGCGGUUGUGGGGCCUGACGGAGAUGUUUCCCCCGAAGCUGCGCCAAGGGGUGUACGACGUGGCACACUUCUCGUGGGGUUCGGCCAAGGGCCUGUACAGCUUCAGCCGCUCGGCCUUCUGGAUCAUCUUCUCCUCGUCGGCGAUCCUCUUUGCCCCCGUCAUCUUCGAGCUGGAGCGGCUGCAGGUGGAGGAGAUGAGUCGGCAACAGCAGCGCCAGAUUCUACUGGGUCCAAGUGCAGCUGUGUCUGGUGGUGCACCGCCUGGCAUGAUGCCUCCAAUUGGUCCAGGACCACAGCAACGGAGGUAAAGUCCCAGUUGUAGAAGAACCGACAGCAGCAACGGCGGAAGACAAGUGGCUCUUCGCGGAGCGCGCGAAAUCGAAGAUGUGCUUUCCAAUGAACUGGCCUUCACACAUUUGCUACGCACCGCCGCAGUCAUCUACCACGUCUGAAAAGCAGCACUGUCGACACUUCCCUUCCCCCAUUUUUUUUUUAUAGACAGCGUGGCUGUGCUUUCCAAUUUUUUUUUUUACUUUUGCGUAGUUCAUCUUGCAGUGGCACCGGGAUGCAAGGGCCACUGUACUGUUUCAGGUGUAAAUACAUCCCCUAGCCUGUUUGACACUGUCAUUGAAACGGGUUGUUCUGGUGCGGUUCACUGUUGAGGCAUAUCCAGCUGCCUGAUAGUUGUCGACGUGACAGUUUGGGGUGGUUGAAUAAAGGAAGCUAUUUGACGAAAAAUACAAGUGUUUUCACUCCAC